AUGGACAAACGUACCGGCCUCUCGUCAUCGGCGUCCAGCCUUUCGUCUGUGGACGGCAGACGUGCGGGCCUCUCUUCCUCCGCGGCAGAAGAGGGCCGACGGUCCUCCGUCUCCCGUGGAAUCCCUGCACUGGAGGGGUGGCUGCACAAGAAGGGCGAGAAGGGCCUGAUGAAAAGCUACAAGCGACGGUGGUUCCAGCAGCGCGGCAACAAGCUCUACUACUUCACCAACAAGGGCGACAAGGACGCCCUUGGCUUCAUCGACUGCAGCGAGGUGACAGUCGUGAGGCGCAAUGAUGAUGCCACCGUGCCCAUUGCUCGAAAGAGGGAUUCGCUCCUGCUCGCCUCGUCGACGCCCACCCCGCAGGGCUUCUCGUUCGAGAUCAUCACGCCCAAGAGAAUCUACGAUCUGGCCGCCACCUCCAAUGAGGAAACAACCUACUGGGUUGACGGACUCAACCUCUACCUCAAGAUCGAAGAGGAAAAGGCUAUGGCUCUGGAACGAAUCGACGCGCGAGACGAGGAGCUGGACAGCCUUAGGCAAAGGGCGUCUCUGCAACAGGCGCAGUGGCAGCAGGCGCAGGCCGCGAUGCAGAAGGAGGUGAUGGAGCUCAAGCAGCGCCUGAAGGAGAAGGAAGACGAGGUGGCCGACCUCCGCAAGCAGAGCGCUCCCCGCGCCGGUUGGGCCAUGGGCCGACGAGUGCAGAGCCAGGGACCGCCCAAGGCCAAGGCGGCCCAGGACGACGGUAAGGAAAAGAAAGAAAAGGAGGCGAGCGAACACGAACACGAAGACGGUGGUGCGGCGGCGGAAGCGGCGAAAAAGAGCGAAGCCGAGCAGCCGGCCGCGGAGGAAAACGACGAACGAGCAGGAGGAAAGAGCGAAGGCGAGUCAGUGGACAGGUCCGAAGGCGCAGAGAAGGAGCGCGAAGGCGCCCAGCGUUCAGAGGGAGAAGGCAGCGCAGAAACGGCGCAACCGGAGCCGGAGCCAGAGUCGAAAUCGUCAAGUGAAGUAGACGAGGAGGCUGCGCCAACGAAAGUCGAAGAAGAGCAAAAGGAACCUGAAGCAACGGACGUUGAUGAUAAGAGUGUGGCAGACAAGGAAGCCGAGCGGGAGGAGGCGGCAGCGGCUCGCGAGGCUCUGAUGAGGGAGGUCGAAGAGAAGCAGCGCGAGAUAGAUGCUCUUCAACAGAGCCUCCAACAGCGAUCGGAGGAGCUGGAGAGUUGGAAGCGCGAAGACGAGGCCACGAAGAAUGCUCUGCUGGCAGCGCAGGCGGCCGCGCAGGAGAGCGAAGCCGAGGCCCAGCGUCUGCGCGCGACCAUGGAAGAAGAACGAAAAGCGGUGGAGAGCGAAGCGACCAGGGCGAGCGAAGAGGCCGAAGCGCGAAACAGAGCCGAAGCCGAGGAGCGCGAGCGGCAGUGGCAAGCGGCGGUCGAGCAGGAGGCCGCCACGCUGCAGCUCACCAACACGCUCAAGCAAUCGCUGGAGGACCUGCAAGCCGAGCUCGAGCGCAGGAAGGAAGACGAGGAGGUGCAGCAAAGCGAGGCUGAGGAGCGCAACGCCGCGCUGGAUGCCGCCCGGCAAGCGCUCGCCAAGACCCGCGAAGAGUUGGAGUGCGCGAGAACGGAGCUGGAGCAGAGGUCGGCCAAGCUGGCAGCGACCAAGGCCAAGAGGCGAGCGACGACCGAGCAGAGCCAGCGCGAGGUGGCGCAGCUCAAGCAGGAGGCCGCGCGCGGGCUUGAGGAGCACACGAAGCGGAAGGACGCCGAGGUGGCCGAUCUCUCCCUUCAGCUCCAGAGCGCCGAGGAGAAGGCCAAGGGGCUAUCGCAGGACCUGCUGGCGGCGAACAUGCGCGCCGACUCGGCCGAGCGCAAGGUGUCGGCCCUGGAGGUCGACGUGGGCGCCCAGCAGGACGAGAUCCGUCAGCUCAAGGAUGACGCUCGGAAGAUCAAGGACGAAGCACAAAUUGCCCACGCGUCGCUCACAUCUCAGACCCAGGUCAAACUGCAGCAGCUGCGGGAGGAGCUCUCGGGCCAAGUGGCCGAGAAGAGCAGAGACGUGGAGCAGCUCAGGCAGGAGAAGGAGGACCUCGAGGCCCAGCUGGCCGAGAAGGCCAAGACCGUGCAGGAGCUGAUGCUCUCCGUGCGCAAGAAGCAGGAAGCCGAAGAGGCCCUGCGAUCGUCGGUCGAGGGCAAGGAGGCCGAGGUGGCCCAGGCCCAGGCGCGCAUCGACCACCUGCGGGCCCAGGCCCAGGCGGUCGAAGCCCAGCGCGAGUCGACACAAAAGGAGACCGAGGCGGCGCUGGUCGAGAGGCAGCAGAAGAUCGACGCGCUGGAGCAGGCCGUGCAGCAGCUGCUGCAGGAGGCGGAGGCGGCGCGCGGGCAGCUGUCGGCGAAGGACGCCGAGCUGGAGCGUAAGACCGAGGAGCUGGCCCAGACGGCGCAAGCCCAGGCGAGCGAAUCGGGCCAACUGCGCGCCGAGCUCGAUGCCAUCCAAGCAGAGCUGCAGGCCCACUCGCAGUCCGUGGCCCUGGUUGCCCAGCAGCUCGAGGCGAGCGAGAGCGAGGUGCGGCGGCUCAAGGACCAGAGCGAGAAUGAGCGCCGGGCCGGCCAGGAGGCCGAGGCGCUGCUUCAGAGCCAACUCGACGCGGUGCGUGCGGAGGUCGAUCAGGCCAAGUCGGCCCUCGACGAAAGGGAAAGCGAGCGCGAGCGGCUGACCGCAGUCCAAACGGCGCUGGCGCAGGAGCUGGCCGAGGCAAAACGCGAGGGCGAGAGCCUGCGCGCCGAGGUGGCCGCCAAGCAGUCGGAAGUGGCGUCGCUGCAGGCGCUCGCCCAGGAGAAGGACCAGCGCAUCGAUUCCCUCGAGGAGGCGCUCGACCAGCGCAGCCACGAGGUGACGGCGGCCAACAAGGCGCUCGAGGCCGCGCGUGAGGAGAGCGAAGAGACGGCCAAGCGGGCCGACGGCGAGCUUCACGCCAAGGCCCACGAAAUCGAAUCGCUCAAGGAAAGGAUCGAGCGCCAGGCACAGGAGAUCGAGAGCGUAACCUGUGACCGCGAUGGGUUGACCCAGGCCAAGGCCAGUGUCGAAGCGGAGCUGACGAUCGUACGAGCUGGGCUUGAGGCUCAGGUCGCCGAGCUCAAGCGCGAGGUGGAGGCAAAGGCUGCAGCGGCCGAGGCCGCGCGACAGGAGCCCGAGGCGCGGUUGGCUGCCGCGAAGCGGCGCAUCGACGAACUGGAGCAGGCCGGCCAGCGGCUCGCGCAGGAAUUUGAAGUGGCGCGAGAGAAGCUGGCGGCGAAGGACGCCGAAAUGGGUCGACAGUCAGCAGAGCUCGCACAGCUCAAGGAGGAGAGCAAGAAGGAGCUCCAGGCGCUGGUUGCCGCCGGCCAGCAGGUCGAGGAGCGCCACAAGGCCGAGAUCCAGCUGGUCAAGUCGGCCCUGGACGAGGCCGAGGCCGAGCGCAAGCGGCUCAUUGAGGUGCAGGCCAAGCAAGACGGCGAGGCGGCGGCGCUCACGCAGCAGCUGGCCGAGCGCAAGCGCGAGAACGAGGGCCUGCGCGCGGACGUGGCGGAGAAGGGCGAGAAGCUCGAGUCUCUGGAAGGGCUCGCGCAGGAGAAGGACCAGCGCAUUGAAUCCCUUAAGGUGGCGCUCGACCGGCGCGGCCAGGAAGUGGUUGCUGCCCAGGGCUCGAUCGCCAAGCUGACGGCGGAGCUCGAGCGGCAGGCCACUGAGAUCCAGCGGGUGACUGGCGACCGCGAUGGGCUGGCCCAGGCCAAGGCUGGCGUCGAAUCGGAGCUGGCGAGCGCCAAGGGCCGACUGCAGACGCUUGGAGACCAGCUCGAGGAGCUUCAGCGCGAGGUCGAGGCCAGGACCUCGGCGGCGGCAGCCCUGCAAGCAGCGGUCGAGGGCAAGGAGGCCGAGGUGGCCCAGGCCCAGGCGCGCAUCGACCACCUGCAGGCCCAGGCCCAGGCGGUCGAAGCCCAGCGCGAGUCGACACAAAAGGAGACCGAGGCGGCGCUGGUCGAGAGGCAGCAGAAGAUCGACGCGCUGGAGCAGGCCGUGCAGCAGCUGCUGCAGGAGGCGGAGGCGGCGCGCGGGCAGCUGUCGGCGAAGGACGCCGAGCUGGAGCGCAAGAUCGAGGAGCUCGCUCAGGCCGCCCGAGAGCUCCAGGCUAAGACAGGCGACGCCGAGCAGCUGCGCAUCGAAAGCGAAGCAGUUCAGGCAAAACUGCGGGAGAGCGAGAGCGAGCGCGAGCGACUGACCCAGUCACAGACCCAAAAGGAAGGCGAGGCAGCGGCGCUCGCGCAGGGGCUGGCCGAGGCGAAGCGCGAGGUGGCCGCCAAGGAAUCCGAAGUGGCGUCGCUGCAGGCGCUCACGCAGGAGAAGGACCAGCGUGUGGACUCGCUCAAGGAGGCGCUCGACCAGCGCAGCCACGAGGUGGCCGCCGCGAACAAGGCCAUCGCAGAGCUGACCGAGGAGAGCCAGCGCCAGGCGCAGCGGAUCGAGAGCGUCACCAGCAGCCGCGACGAACUGGCCCAGGCCAAGGCCGACGUCGAAUCGGAGCUGACCACCGCGCGCGGUGAACACCGGGCUCAGGUCGCCGAGCUCCAGCGCGAGGCGGAGACCAAGGCCGUUGCGGCCAGGGCCACCUUGGAGGAGGCCGAGUCGCGGCUGGUCGCGGCGCAGGGCGAGCUGGCGAGCGUGAGAAGCGCGAAGGAGGAUGAGGCUCGCGAACUGCGCCACCAGCUCGAGCUCAAGCAAGCCGAGAUGGAGAGCAAGGCGGGCGAGGUGGCGGCGCUCGCGCAGGAGCUGACCGAGGCGAAGCACGAGAGCGAGGCCCUGCGCGCCGAGGUGUUGGCUAAGCAGUCGGAAGUGGCGUCGCUGCAGGCGCUCGCGCAGGAGAAGGACCAGCGCGUAGACUCGCUCAAGGAGGCGCUCGACCAGCGCGGCCAGGAGGUGGCGGCGGCCAACAAUACCAUCGCAGAGCUGACCGAGGAGAGCCAGCGCCAGGCGCAGCGGAUCGAGAGCGUCACCAGAAGCCGCGACGAACUGGCCCAGGCCAAGGCCAGCGUCGAAUUGGAGCUGACCAUAGCGCAAGCCGAGGCGGAGGCCAAGGCGCAGGAGCUGACCGACGCGAAGGGCGAGGGCGAGGGCCUGCGCGCGGAGCUGGCCGCCAAGGAAUCCCAAGCCGACACGCUCCGAGGGGUCGUGCAGGAGAAGAACCAACGCAUCGACUCGCUCGAGGAGGCGCUCGAUCAGCGUGGGCAGGAGGUGGCCACCGCCAAGGCCACGAUGGCAGAGCUAACCGAGGCCAAGGCCGGCAUCGAGUCAGAGCUGACCACCGCGCGCGGUGACCUCCAGGCGCUCGAGGCCCAACUCGCCGAGCUCCAGCGCGAGGCGGAGGCCAAGGCCGUCGCGACCAGGGCCACCCUGGAGGCGGCCGAGUCCCGAUCUGCUGCAGCCCAGGACGAGCUGGCGACGGUGCGGCGCGAGAAGGAGGUUGAGGCCGGCGAGCUGCGCCGUCAGCUCGAGCUCAAGCAAGCCGAGAUGGAGACCAAGGCGGCCGAGGCGGCGGCGCUCGCGCAGGAGCUGGCCGAGGCAAAGCGCGAGGGCGAGAGCCUGCGCGCCGAGGUGGCCGCCAAGCAGUCGGAAGUGGCGUCGCUGCAGGCGCUCGCCCAGGAGAAGGACCAGCGCGUGGACUCACUCAAGGAAGCACUCGACCAGCGCAGUCACGAGGUGGCGGCGGCCAACAAGGCGCUCGAGGCCACGCGCGAGGAGAGCGAAGAGGCGGCCAAGCGGGCCGACGGCGAGCUCCACGCCAAGGCCCACGAAAUCGAAUCGCUCCAGCGCGAUAUCAGGAGCGUCACGGGCGACCGCGAGGGGCUCGCGCAGGCCAAGGCCACCAUUGCGUCGGAGCUGGCCACAACCACGGAAGACCGCGACCGACUGGCCCGGGCCAAGGCCCACGCCGAGUCGGAGCUGGCACGCGCUCGCGAUGAGCUGCAGGCGCUGCAGCAUCAGGCCGAGCACAAGCAGGCCGAGCUGGAUGCCCUGACGCUGCACCACGCCGAAGAGCUCGGCCAGGCGCGGCAGCAGCUGGAGAGCAAGGCGCAGGCGCUGCAGGCCGAUCUCGAGCGACUAAAGAGCGAAAGCGAAGUCAAGAUCGAAGCGGCAAAGGACGAGCUCGAGCAGCUUAAGAAGGCGCACCGCGAGGUCGAGGCCAAGUCGAAGGAAUUUGAGGCAUUUGCACAGAAGGCCGAGGCUCGGGCGUCGGAGCUGGCGACCGUGCACGAGCGCGAGGUUGCGCAGCUCCGGGCCAACGCUGAGCGCGCGCAGGCCGCGCACGAAUCGGCGGUGAGCGAGCUCAGGGCUAAGCUCGACGAGGCGCUCAGAUCGGGACAGGCGACGGCCGCCGAGCUGCGCAGCGCCGCGCAGGUGAGCCGCGCGCAGCUUGAGACGACCCAGCAGGCGCUGGCCGAGGCCGAGGCCGCGCGGACCAACGCGCUGGCGGCGUGGCAGAGCGAGAAGGAGACGAUGGCCCGCGCGGCCGACGACGCGCGGCGCGUGCUGAGCGAGGCCCAGGCCUCCACACAGCGGCUCGAGCAGGAGCAGACGAGCGCCAAGGCGGAGCUGGCGGCGUCCCAGGCCGCGAGGGAGGAGACUGCGGCGCAGCUCAAGCAGAGCCGGCGCGAGGUGGAGCGGCUCGAGACGGCCGCGCGCGAGCUCGAGGAGCACAAGAGGUUCAAGGAGGCCGAGCUGGCCGACCUCACCCUGCGCUUCGAGGCCGCCGAACGCAAGGCCAACGCAGCCAACGCCGAACUCGCUUCCCGGGCAGAAGAGUUGGCCCAGCUCAAGGACAACCUGGGCAAGUCCAAGGAGGAGGCCCAGGCAGCCGCGCUCGCUCUCAGCCAGGAGAAGGUGCAGGCGAUGAGGGACGAGCUGCGGGCCCAGGAGGAGGAGCUGCACAAGAAGGAGCAGGCGGUCAACCAGCACCAGAUGGACCUCCUGCUCAAGGACGACGCCCUGUCGGCCGCGCAGGGCCAGGCCGAGGACCUGAAGCGGCAGCUGCUCGCCGUCGAGCAGAAGGCGAAGCAGGUCAAGGAGCGCGAGGCCACCGCCAGGGCCGCGAUCGAGGAGAAGGAGGCCCUGCUGCUCGGCGCGAUCAACGAAGUCGACGCCCUCAAGGCCAAGCUGCAGCAGCAGAAGGCCGCGGCCGCCGCCGACGCCGAAUCUACGCAGUGGCUGCGGGCCGAGCUCGCCCAGGCCAAGGAAUCCGAAGCGCGCGCGGUCCAGGAGCUGGCGCGGGUCGCCGCCGAGCUCGACGCGAUCCAGCGCGACCGUCCGGUGGCGGCGGCCGAGCGGCUUAGCGACGACCCGCAGCGCGUCGAGGGGGAGCUCGAGGCCGAGAAGGAGGAGAAGGCCCACGUCGCGGAGGUGAGGCGGCGCGGCCGCAGGGCGACGGUGAGCAACCCGGUCAUGCUGGACGCCCACCUUAAAGCCGGCGACACCGCAGCGGCGGCGGCGGCGGCGGCUGAGACGAGCCCGCGGCGAGCGGCGAGCGAUGCGAGGAAUGCGGCGGCGGCCGAGGAGAUGCGGGCGCUGAAGCGGAGCGUGCUGGAGCUGAUGGAGGAGAAGCAGCGGCUCACGCAGGAGGUCGAGGCCAAGCUGCGCGAGGCCACCGAGAGGAGUCGAGCGGAGGAGCAGCUCCACGCCGAGGAGAGCGCGCGGGUGGUCGUCGCGGCGGCGGCGGCAGAGCAGGAGGCAGCGGCCGCUGCGCUGACCGGCGGCACUGACGACAGCUCGCGCGAGCGCAUCCAGCAGCUCGAGGAGAUGAUCGAGAUGAUGGAGAUGAUGAAGAGCGUGUCGCACGAGGAGGAGAUGCUCGGGCGCGACCGCAAGAUCAGCGAGCACGAGGAGCAGAUCGCCUACCUACGGCGCAAGGUCGACGCGUCGGUCAAGGAGAAGGAGGAGCUGGUCAUGGCCCUCAACAACACCCGCAUCACGGUCAAGGAGCUCGAGCGACAGCUCCGCGGCGAUGACGGCGACGACAUUGACGACAUUGACGGCGACAGUGUCGACACCGCCAACAAGAAGGGCAAGGAGAAGGUGCCGCUGGUGGGCACGCCGCUGCGACGCCGGCGUCGGUGGGAGCGGUGGGCGCGCGAGAAGGCCGAGGCGGAGGCGGAGGCGGAGGUGGACGAAAGCGAACUGAAGAAGGAGGUGCGGCUGCUGUUCAAUCAGCUCAAGGAGACGGAGGCCGAGGUGCGCGACAACGAGGCCAAGCUGGCAGCGGUCGUGGCCGAGCUCGAAGCCAUGCGCGCCCGCGUGGAGAGCGCCGAGCGGCGCGAGCGGAUGCGGGCCGAGGAGGAAGACGACGAUCAGAUCCUGGAGCACGAACUGGAGAGGGAGGAGAAGAUGCGGCGCGAGGCCGAGAUCCGACGACUCCACACCGAGCUCGAGGACGUGCGACGCGAACUGUUCUUCUCCACCGCCGUCGCCAUCAAACUCAACCUCUCGCAGAACGUGGCGGCGCUGUACGAGCAGUCCCUGCGCGAUCGAAUCGAUCACCGUAACUGGAACGCCUGGAUUCACGCCCAGCUCACUGCCGCCACACCACCCGUCCCGCGCGCCACCACCCGACGAUGA